AUGUCGGAUCCUUCUACAGUAAAAUCAGUAAAAUCCCGCUCGACGGGUAUCACCACCCCUGGCGUAACUCCGGCAUAUUCCAAGAAGUUGGUUGUUGUUGGCGAUGGUGGUUGCGGCAAGACUUGUCUGUUAAUAUCUUACUCGCAAGGCUACUUCCCUGAGAAAUAUGUUCCUACGGUGUUUGAGAAUUACAUUACACAUAAGUUCCACGAGGGCAGUGGAAAGACGGUUGAGUUGGCGUUAUGGGAUACAGCUGGUCAGGAGGAGUACGACCGUCUGCGCCCGCUAUCAUAUCCGGAGACGGAUGUUCUGUUUGUCUGCUUUGCUAUCGACUCUCCACAUUCGCUCGAGAAUGUCCUUGACAAGUGGUAUCCGGAGGUCCUUCACUUUUGUCCAACAACACCUCUCAUCCUCGUUGGACUGAAAACAGACCUUCGCAAGAACCGGAAUGUAAUAGAGUUGUUGAAGACGCAUGGCAUGACUCCUGUCACACCGCAACAGGGAGAAGACGUCGCGAAUCGCAUGGGAGCCAUGUAUGCCGAGUGCAGCAGUAAAGAGAUGACGGGCAUACACGAAGUCUUUGACUUGGCGAUGGACAUGGCGGUCGGGGGAUCCAAGGGGGGGAAAGGAGGAAAGCCCAAGAAAAAGAAGUGUACCAUUCUAUAG